AUGAUGCUGAUAGGUCGGGUCACGGACCUGAGAUUGCAGAUGUCUCUUGGAUGUUGUUGCACUUCCCACGAUCCUGCCAGACUAGAAGCAAUCAGAGAGUACCUAGGUGAACUGUUUCAUCGUCUGUGUGAGGAUGAAGAUAUGUUAGUGCGAAGAAUGGCACUGUCCAUGUUGCCUGCUAUAGCUGAAGACGCUGAUGUCCAGUUUUUUGCUUCUCAUGUAGUACCCAUUUUCGAGAAGGCCCUGGAAGAUAAGAUUGGUCUUCACUUGGAGGCGACACAGGCUUUAAUCGCUUUGCUUAAAGCUAAGAAGCUAUCUGAUGAUGUAUACAGACAUCUUCUGCCUGUUCUGUAUAAAUACGCAGAGGAUUCAUAUUGGCAAGUUCGGUUCUUAAUUGCCAACAGCAUUAAUGAUAUUCACAACUCUGUGAAUUCAUUUAUCCUGCAAUCAAGCUGCUUCUCACUGAUGCUGAAGUUCUCAAGCGACGCAGAAACAAGAGUGCGCUCUGCAGCAGAUCGCUGGUUUCAAGGAUGUUUCAACUUUUUGGCGACAUCAAAGUACCUAGGUGACCUGUUUCAUCGUCUGUGUGAGGAUGAAGAUAUGUUAGUGCGAAGAAUGGCACUGUCCAUGUUGCCUGCUAUAGCUGAAGACGCUGAUGUCCAGUUUUUUGCUUCUCAUGUAGUACCCAUUUUCGAGAAGGCCCUGGAAGAUAAGAUUGGUCUUCACUUGGAGGCGACACAGGCUUUAAUCGCUUUGCUUAAAGCUAAGAAACUAUCUGAUGAUGUAUACAGACAUCUUCUGCCAGUUCUGUAUAAAUACGCAGAGGAUUCAUAUUGGCAAGUUCGGUUCUUAAUUGCCAACAGCAUUAAUGAUAUUCACAACUCUGUGAGUUCAUUUAUCCUGCAAUCAAGCUGCGUCUCACUGAUGCUGAAGUUCUCAAGCGACGCAGAAACAAGAGUGCGCUCUGCAGCAGAUCGCUGGUUUCAAGGAUGUUUCAACUUUUUGGCGACAUCAAAGUACCUAGGUGAACUGUUUCAUCGUCUGUGUGAGGAUGAAGAUAUGCUAGUGCGAAGAAUGGCACUGUCCAUGUUGCCUGCUAUAGCUGAAGACGCUGAUGUCCAGUUUUUUGCUUCUCAUGUAGUGCCCAUUUUCGAGAAGGCCCUGGAAGAUAAGAUUCACAACUCUGUGAGUUCAUUUAUCCUGCAAUCAAGCUGCUUCUCACUGAUGCUGAAGUUCUCAAGCGACGCAGAAACAAGAGUGCGCUCUGCGGCAGAUCGCUGGUUUCAAGGAUGUUUCAACUUUUUGGCGACAUCAAGUGAGGUGUAG